AUGCCCAUCCCGCUCAAUACCUCGUCUUUAGGGGCUGGCACCAGAUCCACGUCCUCUACCUCGCACCAGCAGCAGCAGCAAUCGCAAUCGCAAUCGCCCCCACAACCGCAACAAGCACAGCCGGGUUCCACAACCACUGCAGAUCCAUCAUCGCAUACGACUGGACAAUCAGGAAACGGACAACUGAGCAAGGAGGAAGCAGACCGAUUGUUUGAGGAGCGCAUGGAGGAGGAGUAUGCGAAGCGAGAAGGAGGUGCCUGA